GAAGUGAUGCGAGAUUUGCGGCAUCUUUAACUUCAACUCUGCGAACUAAUGUGCUGAUGUGAGCAAUAACUGGGUUCAGUAAAAGGCACCAAUUUUGUUACCUUGGACUCGGAUACCUCUAUAGAUGGAUCGUUGGAGUGGAAUUUUGAGAGUUCAAUUGCAUUCCAAAAGCAAGGCAUUCCAUAGAGUUGGUGCUUCUCUCUGCCUUUCACCAGAAAACAGAACUCUUAGUGUACCCGAAGCAAAUGCUAUAUUUUUCUGUGGUGAUAGAGUUGAAGGGACUGGUAACCAAGUGAUUGAGAGGCUAUCCGAUCUGCAGAAGCUAUCUGAAAUUAUUGUGUCUAAAUUUGGUUCUUCCAUCAAUGCUUGGGUUAUUCAGGCUUCUGUUUUCAAUGGACCUUUUGCUGUCUAUAAGGACUUCAUACCAUCCGUGAAUCAAUAUGGAGAGCCAAGGUCGUAUCAACCAACAGGAUUCCCGGCGUCUACUUCAACCGUCUCACUCUUAUCUAAUUGCCUUGAAGAAGUAAGGAAAGUUGUUUCAGGAACGCGAGGAGAUACACAAUCUGGCUGCAGCCGACGCUCCUCUGUCUCUCGACCCAAGACAUUCAUCCUUGGAUUCAGCAAAGGUGGAACUGUAGUUAACCAGAUAGUUACCGAGCUUGGCUCCACAGAAAUUGCAUCCGAUGCGAAUUCACCCUGCUCUGGACAACCUGAGGAGACUUGUAUAGUACCUAAAGCAAAGGAAAGCUUACUGAGCAGCAUCACUGAGAUUCAUUAUGUUGAUGUUGGUUUGAACUCUACUGGGGCAUACUUGACUAACCAUCAUGUAUUUGAGAGAAUCACCAGAAGGCUCAUACAAGGAGCGCCUCAACUCCGGUUUAUCCUUCAUGGAACUCCGAGACAGUGGGGCAACAAACAGCGAGAUUGGAUCAGGAAUGAAAAAGACGAAAUGCUCCGUCUGCUAGAAUCUGAAGCACAUAAGAGUGAGGGGAAAUUGAGAGUGCACUCAAGGUAUUACUUUGCUGAUAAGCCUCCUGAUAUGCAGAUGCACUUUGAAAUAAUUGAAAGUUUAGAUGUGAGUUGAUACUUCACUCUUGAUAGGUCCAAAAGAAAAAUUUGUCUUCAUUAUCAGGAAGAUAUAAUAUUCUGCUGCAAACAAUGCUGUAAAAAAGAAAAGUGAGUGUAACUAAUAUUGUCUUCAUCAUCAGGAAGGUUAUAAUCUCCUCUUGCCAAAGCUAGAAGCUGGUUAAAUUCUCAAAUUCACUAGAUGUAUCACAAGUGACAAAAAAACGUAGAUAUGUAAAUUUGAUAGUAUUCUAUUAUAGUACUAUUCUACCAAUAAAAGAAGAGUCACUUUGUAAGCUAUGUUGAGUUUUUAA